AGAGCGCGGGGCAGCCGCUCCGGAGAGCGGCGGGGCCGCACCGCACCAUGGCGGGGCCGCGGGGGGCGCGGGGCCGCCUCCCGCCGCCGCUGCUGCUGCUGCUGCCGCUGCUGCUGCCGCUCCCGGCCGCGCCGGCCGCCCAGGUGAGCGGGGACCGGCACCCGGAGGGGCUGGGGCGGGGACACGGGGCUCCUCUCCGCUUCUCUCUCGCUGCCCUUGCGCCCCGCAGCGCUGCCCCGGCAGACAGGUGGGCAAAGCCGCGCUUAAACUGCGCCCGAGCCGCGCUUAAAGCGCGAGCGGCCGCUUUCGGGAUCUUUUCACCCUUCUCAGCCCACACCUGAAGCUGCCCCCGAGGGCACCGGGAGCAAAGAACCCCCGUUUGGGGCUUUUUCUUUUUGGCGGGGGGGGGAUUUUCCAGCUUUGCGAUGGCUCAGCAUCCCGCCGGAGCUCGCGCUGGCUCCCGGAGUUAAACCCAGCCCUAACAAAGAGCUGUUUAUUAAAGCCAGCGACGCGCCAGCAUCUAUUUGCUUUUGCCUCCCUUCCUGUGCGCUCGGGGUAUCCCAGAGCUGCCAGCACACCCCCGGCAGCCCGGGAGCCCCGAAACCGCUCCCGGGGAAGCAGAGGACACCGAGCGCGGUGCAUGGGCUCCCCGUUUGUCCUCCCUCAACCCUCAGCAGCUCUUUGGAAACGGGAAUCAUUCCACAGCGCGGUUGUGGAAAGGAGGGAGGAAAUCCCUUCCAGCAGGUGGGACAGAGCCCACCAGCUCCGGUUCGCUUUCCCGGAAUUCCGUAGCCCCCAGCGCAGUCCCUGCGUGCUCCCUCCUCACUGCGCUCCCCGGAUUUCUGAGCUCUGGGAAUGGCUUUGCUCUUUUUCCUCGGUUUCGAGUCAAUUCCACAGGAAUCCCAUAAUAACGGUGCCCGUCUCCGGCAUGAGUCAGUCCCGUGGGAGCGAUCGCUUUGCAGGCAGGAGUCCCAGCAGCGUUCCUGGCCCCGGCAGAGCUCACAAGACAGCUGUUUUCCUCUUCUUUUGUCAUGUGGAAACGGGACAGGGCUGGAGCUCCAGCAGGAUGAAACAUGAGUUAUAGCAUCUCUUCCACAAAGCGAUCCCAGCCCUGCCUGGAUCGCGGGCCUAGGUGGAAAAAACUCCCGGAUCUGGGUAAAUGCGGAGGGAAAGACAAAGUCAGGGCGCUCAGGGAACACCGGACGCCGCGGAGCUCCCGCACCAGCCUCCUCGGGGGGCUCCUGGGGGGAGCGGCAGCACAGGGAGGUCCCCAUGGCUGUCCCCAUCCCUGUCCCCGCAGAGCUGCCUCAGCAGGCAGCAGCUCCUGGCUGCCAUCCGGCAGAUGCAGCAGCUGCUCAAGGGACAGGAGACGCGCUUCUCCGAGGGGCUGCGAGCCGUCAGGAGCCGUCUCAGCACCAUCCACGCCUCCCUGGCCAAGGAGCCGCCCGCCCCCUCCUGUCCUGCCCUCCAAGCCCCUGCGGAUGGGAGGAAGUUCGGCACCAAAUAUUUGGUGGAUCACGAGGUUCACUUCGCCUGUGAUCCAGGAUUCCAGCUCCUGGGCUCCAGCACACGGACGUGCCAGGCCAACGGCAGCUGGACGGGGCAGGAGCCGCGCUGUGCAGAGAUCAGCGAGUGCUCGAGCAGCCCCUGCCAGAACGGCGGGACGUGCCUGGAGGGGCUCGGCCACUUCCAAUGCCUCUGUCCCCCGCAGUGGGCCGGGACCAGCUGCCAGUACCGGGCUCAGACCGCUCCUCCCGGCUGGAGUGUGUCGGAUGACCCAGCCUUCAGCCGGCAGCCCCACUGUGCCCAGCUCGCCCAGAGCCAGCAGUGCAGCUGCGAUCCCGGCUUCCAGAUGAGCGGCACGGCUUCCAACGGCAUCUGCCAGGACCUCGACGAGUGCGAGGUGUACCAGCAGGAAGGGGGACCCCGGCUCUGCGCCCACGCCUGCAUCAACACUCCCGGCUCCUUCCGCUGCUCCUGCCCCGCCGGGUACGUCCUGCUGGGCGACGGCAAGAGCUGCGAAGAUAUUGAUGAGUGUUCCCUAUCCCAGGAUAACUGCACGAGCGGGAGCAGCUGCAUCAACACGGGCGGGGGAUUCCAGUGCGUCACCCCCGAGUGUCCCCCGGCUGCCGGCAACAUCUCCUACGUCAAAACCUCCCCCUUCCGCUGCGAGCGCAACCCGUGCCCCAUGGAGAGCCGCUCAUGCCACCAGGCCCCCAAAACCAUCUCCUUCCACUACCUGCCGCUCCCCUCCAAGGCGCGGGCCCCGGUGCCGCUGUUCCGCAUGGCUCCGGGCCGGCCGGGUCCGGACAGCCUGCGCUUCGGCAUCGCGGGCGGCAGCGGCCGCGGGCACUUCGCGGUGCGGCGCUCGGAGCGGCACGCCGGGGAGCUGCUGCUGCUGCACAGCCUGCAAGGGCCCCGCACCCUGAACGUGGAUGUGCACAUGGCCGAGUACCUGGAUCGGGCCUUCCAGGCCAAGCACCUGUCCAAAAUCACCCUCUUCGUCUCGGCCUAUGAGUUUUAAGUGAGGGGGGUUGUUCCUUGAUCCCUGCUCGGCUGCCCGUGGCUCCCGGGGGAGGUCCAGGCUGGAGCCGGCCAGCCGCCGCUCUGUCCCAAAGGUCUCCAUUCCGGGGGGAUUUACGCCUGCCUGGGUGGAUUCACACCACCAAAUGAGGUGGAGAAGUCCCAUCCUCAUCCCGGCUACAACAGCAGCUGGAAACCACGGCCCUGGUUUCCUUUGAAUUCCCAUUUUUUCCUUUAGGAAGUGGUGAAGCCGGGUGUGGAGGGUGAGAGAGGCUCACGGCCUUUCCCGCUCUCCUCCCUUGUUGCACCCAGACCUGAUCCCUAAAAAACACACUUCUGCUUCCCUCUGGAUGCUGAGAAUCCCCCUGGCAGCCUGAGAAUCCUGGAAUCCCUGUAGGGAUUGAGGUCUGGCACUGGGAUCCAUCAGGGCUGGAAAACUCCAUGGACAUCCACCCGGGUGCCCUCUCCAGCAAGCGGGGCAAAGGAGCAAUUCCAGGGUUAUCCUUGCUCCUCCAGCCUCCCAAACGGGGAUCCCCCAUGGAUCCCCCCCCAGCAGAACUUCAGCUGCACGUGGAGGUGGGAAUAUUCCCUGCUCCAUCAGCCAGAGCCUCCAUCCCAGCGUAGGAAUGCUGGGGAGAGCUGGGAUUCGGCUUCUCCCGGGGGGAUUCACCCUCCUGCUUGUGCAUGUUCCGCAUGUUCCCUCAUCCCGCUGGAUUUAGCACAAUUAAAGGAUGAUGUAAAGGAUGGCACCGGAGUGAGGCACCUGAUGGAUGUGUGGGAUGGGGGGAAUGCUCACCCGGAGCAGUCCAAGGGGAAUUGGGAUCCGGGAGGGCAAGAACCUGUUAUCUGUGGGUUUAUUUUCCUGCUUUGUUGUGUUUGGGAGGGGCUGGCUGAUAGCAGGGAGCUCAUUCCCACCGGAGCAUCCUUCCCCCCAAGGAAUCCUCAUCCCUGAGCGUCCUUUCCCCUGGGAAUCCUCACUCCCUCGCAUCCUGCACCCACCAAAACCAUUCCCACUCCUUGUCCCGAGGAAAGAGGCUCCCCCAGACGGAUCAGUCUCCUCUAGGGGAUCCAGCUCCUGGAUUUUUGGGGGGUACAGGAGCUCGGAAAGAACAAGAAGGGACAUUCAGGGCUGCUGUCGGCGGAUGGAGGAUGUUUGGAUUGGCAGGAGCUCCGGCUGGAUGCAGUGCCGGGCAGGGAAAUGUAUCCCAGGGUUGUGCUGGGGGAGGGAAGGGAAAACUCUGGAGUUCUUCAAAAAAAUAUCCCUAAAAAUUAGGAGAAAAUGCUUUUCUAGAAGCACGGCUGCUCCUCUCCUUCUUCUCUCCCAUUCCCUGCCACUUCCCAGCCUGGCUGGAUGUGCUCCUCCAACAGGCCAUGAGCCUAUUUUGGGAUGAUAACAAAAUGUGGGAGCCAAAAAGCAGGAAUCUGGGAGAGGACAAACUCCUGACCGGGCAGAAUAGUUUCCAUCUGCCGCUUUCUCCGGAUAACACAGCUGGAGACGGGCGCCUGGACCGCGCUCCGGAGGCUUUUCCUUGCGGCACGAUCCCAAACUGACAACAUUUUCCUAAUUCCCGAGGCCAGGGUGAGCUGGUUUCUCCCUUCCAGCCCUGGAAAAGUUUAAGUUCGGCUCUUUGCCUUUCUCAACCUCUGGCUGCCGUUCCAGUUGACUAAAGGAGAUUUUUUUCCUGCCCCAGAGCGGCCGCUCCGGAAUCUUUCAGACUUACCGAGGUUGGAAUUUGCAGAGAGAGGCUCUUCCAAUCUUGGAAUACAACCUUCACUGGGGAUAAUAAUAUUU